GCGUGGAGGGGGGGGGCGUAGUCUCGCGAGAGGUGCCUGGAGGGAUGGGCCGAGCGAGGGAGCUGCCCGAGCGCCGUGGCUGAGCCCCUGAAGAAGGCCGUUUUACCAAAAUGUGCUGAGCUUUCUGAAGACAUGUCAAAUCUUAUGUUUUAAGCACUUUGGAUUCUCUUUUGAUUUUUCUCCUCUAUUUUUUAAGUUGAAGUCAACUUUUUUGUGCAAUACAGAAAGUUCCUCUUUUUUCUCCUCUGCAUAUUGUACUUUUAUUCUUCAAUACAUUUGUGAGAAACUUGAAGUCUGUUUGCCUCUUUAACAUUGUGGCAGAUGGCGGGGAGGCUUGCUGACACAGAGAGAGCGGAGGCUAUCUUGGAAGUUUUUGAACUCUGUUUAAAAACUAACCAACUAUGGAAGGUGUAAAUAGGGUCCAAAGCAAUCAAAGGAAGUUCAGAACAGCAAUGAAAAAGAGCUUUAGUGACUGUGCCUUGCCUCCUAUGAAGGUGUGGCUGCAAAGCCAAAAAGAAUUAUGCGUAGUCUGCACAGAAGAGCUGGAAGAGCGGGGCUAUUUCAAUGAGGUUUGGCUCUGUUCUGACCUUUUUGUGUGUGUUGUGUGACUGAAGGUCACGUUUCUGUGCUUUGCCGAUGAGACAGCCAUGGUUCCUAAGGAAUUCACUGCCUUGUCUGUGGAACUCCUGGAUCUUCUGAAGUCACUUCACAUGUGUAAUUUAAAUGAAAAUGAAGUUAUUUUUUUAAAGGACAUACAUAAACCAUUAUUGACUAGUGAUGUUCUUAAUCCACAGAAUUGCCCUUCACAAAUACUGUGUGUGAUGAGACUGACCCCUUCCCGUCCAAGACUCAGCGUUGAUUCUGUGUUUACGUUGCUGAGCAAGUAUGCUGCCGGUAUAAGAUGUACUAUGGAAACCUGUGCACUGCCGAAGCAUGUGUCAGAUCUACCACAUACUGAGGAGGACGACACAAAUAAUUCAGUGUCUUCAAUUGAGGAUGACUUUGUGACUGCUUUAGAGCAUUUAGAUGAAGAUGAGCCUACAAAGACGACAAACUACGGCCAAUUCACACCUGAGAAACUGCUCCAGGAUGCUUCUUCACAGAUUAUCCUUGCUCCUCACUUAACCUCUGCUGACCCAAGAAUGGUUAUGAAGCCAUCUUCCAAACCAUCCACUCUUCUGGUUAACAUCUUGGAACUUAAAGGACUCUCCCCCUCUGUAAGACGUUCCGUCACAGCUUCUGCUUCUGAUCCCGGGCUACAGAUGGAUUUUUUCCAGCCGCAUAAUUCUUUUGAUCAAAGUGUUAACCUUUUACCUACAACACUGUGUUCUUCCUCUCCAGCGGAGUCAUCAGAAUCCGAAUGCUCUAGUCCAAGCCCAAUUAUUUUCUUAGAUGAAGAAGAGUAUCAAAGAAGUUUGAAGGCAAACCUUCAGGUACCAAAAAUCCCAGUGACAAAAGAUGGCAUAGAAGACUCUGACUCUGAAGUGAGUGAAUUUUUUGAUAGUUUUGACCAAUUUGAUGGACAAGAGCAAGCUUUUCAAACUGCAAACUGUUCAUUGGCCAAGGAUCUGUCUGAAGGUCAUUUAGUCCAAGAGGAAGUAAUUUCAUCUAAAAAGUCAAGCUCCUCAACUUCGAUGAAUCCCCAGAAGUUCAGAUCUGAUUGUUCCGCUUUCCCAGCUGAUGUAAGGAAGCCAACUCCUCGCAAACCAGAAUCUUCAUAUAGUAAGAAUUGUUUGGAUGUCCCAGAUUCCCCCCGUCCACUGAAAACGUCUGGAGAUGACAGUGGAGGUUUGUUCAGCCCUAUUAGAUCAUCAGCUUUCAGUCCAUUGAGCAACUGUUUUUCAUCAGAGUGCCUUUGCCAGCAGGGCAGUAACAGAGAUACCAUUAGCCAGAACCACAAUUUCCUUUACCAUACAUAUUCAGAUUUUGCAGAUACUGUUUCCUGUGAAAUUCUAGGUUCAGUCUUUAAUCCUCAGACUUCAUCAUUACGCAGAUACUCUCAAGAGCUUUCCAACUAUAGCGGAAUUGUCUCACAGGAAGUUAAGGUUCCUGUUGCAGAGAUCAAAAGGGAUAGCUCUAGAGCAGAGGUGGAUAAGAAAAGCCGAUCUAAACAGAAAGCCCUCAUGAUUAAAGACCACGUCCAGAAAUUUGCAUCUGCACUUGUUGAAAAGAGUUUUGGCAAUGCUUUUAAAGACCUUCAGCGGAGUGUUUCUUCGUGUACGAAUGUCCUCUGUCAUUUGGCUGCCAAGCUGACUUCUUCAGCCUUUCAAAUGGCUUUUUAUGAGAUCGGUAGGCAGCGAGCCUUUUCGCUGAAAAGGAAAGCCAUCGGUGGGCUGGCUGGUUUUUUGGUGAGCGAAGCAAUAACAGGGGCUUUGAAAGAACUGCACUCCAUGAAGCAACAAAUAUUUACCAACACGGUGGCAAAGUUUGCAGCUGACCUUGCUGAGGAGCUCAUUUUUGAGGGGAUCAUGGAAGUCUGUCAGUUUUCUCACCCCUCCACACCAGCUACUUCUCAGAACUGGUCCUUCCGCUAUGACGAUAAAGUUGUUCGGUCCUAUGCUGAAGAUUUGUCGGAUUCUGUUAUUCAGGAAGCUUUCAUUGAGUUAUCUCAGGCUGAUGUGACUUUUACAACUCAAGCAGCAAUUAGUGUUUCCAUGAACAACAUAAAGUAUGUUAGUGCAGAAAGUAUUCUGGAAUCAACACAGACCUCCAGUGCUUGCACAGACGUUCAUGAUAAAGUGCCAAUAGCCUUGAACCCAAUGCAUGAAUUCAGAAAGGAAUAUACCCUCCAUACCGCCUUGUUCUGUACUUCUGGCAUUGCCAGUUCAGUCCCAGUGCCCUUAGCUGGAAGGGCACUUUGUCAAAGCCAGCUUUUGAUUGACAAUGCAAAGAGGAAGAAUCGUUCAGCAUCAGGUAGCCAUCCAGAAGCACGUCUGGGCUCUGCAGAAUCAGGCUAUGCAACAAGAAAGAGACAAGAGGAAGUGACAUCUUUAAGAAGUAUUUACCUGACAUCAGGUAACGGUCCGGGUAGUGAAUGUAAUACAAACAGUUUGUGUAGUCGAAGUGACUCUAAACAAGCGUAUAAUCCUGAAAUCUGUAACGUUUCUCACUUAGCUGGGAUGCCAAUCGUUAAUAGUUUUUCUGGGACAAUGGUAGAUAUGAUAGUAACCGAGGCUUACGAAGCAGUAACUUCUUCAAAGGUUUCUAAAACAUCAGAGCAUUACACGGAUAUCUUAAAAAGUGAGAAAAGGCCAUAUUUACAGUGCAUUGGCGAAGACACGUGUAGAAAUGUGUUUGCUAAUUAUUUGGCCAAGCAAACAGUAAAACAGUCUGUAGAUGAGACCAAGUCUCCAUGUUCCGCUACCAGUGAAAAACUAGCAUACUGUGUGGGGUUAGGAACGAAUAAAGAAAACAAUAGACCAGAAUUGCACAAUACAACACAUCCACCUGAAAAAAAGAAGAGUGCUCCAGUAAUUGUGGGCCAGCAGCAGAUGCCCCUAAGUAGCCUGUCUAAAUUUCAUGUCCCUCCAGUUGACUGUAAUAAGCGUCUUCUUUCAGGGCCUACAGACUGUCUUCAGGAAAGGGAGUGGCAGGUAGAUUGCAGGUUUCCUGCGAGCACAAGUGCUCCUUGUUCUGGGACUUUUGUAAAGCAGGUUGAUGAGCUUCCAGAGACAACAAAACCUUCAAAUAAUCCAUUGGAAAUCCACAACAUGCACACCAUAACAUGCUCCACCUCUGGUCAGGAAAGCACUUUCCCUCUGGCUUCUGUGGUGUCUAAUGGGGAUGAUGCAUUUCAUAUGGAAGACAGAUCAAGACUGAGAGAGGGGACUGCAUGUGUUGUCCCAGACACACCACCUCCAACACCUUUAACACCCUCUCAGUCUAGUUCCGACUGGAAUUUAAAAAAUCUGACAAAGCAGCUUAAAGGUGAACUAGCAAAGCAGUUUGCUCCUGCUACUCCUCCCUCUACACCUUACAGAUCAGAUGUGGAUGGUGUGUCUGAAAAUGAACAUUAUUACUUAGAAAAGGAAGAGUUCCUGCUGAAAUUAAUGCGAUCUCUUUCUGAAGAAGUUGAAAGCAGUGAAGAUGAGUAUACUGAAAUGCUAGUUGAAAAAGUCAAAGCAUCCAUAAGGACCCUGGCGUAUGCGGAUCAUCUGGCCUCGUGUAUCAUUUCCGUGGCAACCGAAAUGGCCGCAUCGCACUUGGGUAAUGAAACCAUCCAAAGAAAAGCAAAUGUUCAACAAAAUGUGGAAAGCAAAAGAUAUGGGUCGGCUGCAUGUAUGAAUGUUCCAGAAAAGAAAUUACGUUCCUUACGAAUUUAUGCUAGUGAUGUGGCAGGGAAGGUCAUUAGUGAAGCAAAGAAAAUAGUAAAAUCAAAACACUGCAAACGUUUAAGGCUGAAGCAAGUGAAUCAUCAGGGUGACCAUCGUCAUCUGAAGAGGAGCUGUCAUGAAUGCUGCUCAAAAGGGAAGAAGUUUCUCCUGGCAGACCAGUGGUCCAAGGAGGCAGAUUCCUCCAUACUUUCUUUACCCCAAAGUUCAGAAGCUCCCAGCCUGACCUCCAAAUUUCCAAGUUGUGAAAGUGUAACAGAUGAGUAUGCAGAUCACAUUAUUCGGAUUCUGAAAAGAGAAGGUGGUCACAGCGACCUAAUAAUGGAGCAGUUUGCCAGUAGGCUUGCUUACAGAUCUAUAAAAUCUGGGAUUCAGCAAGCUGCCCGUAAGCUCAAAAUGAAUAGAAAAGUAUCUCCCGGUCAGAAUUUGCAGUUGAACAGUACGUGUGAUCCAUUUGAGCCGGGAAACAAGGAUAUAAAGAAACAGAAAAGUAAAAAUAUACAUCAUUUUGGAAAACGAGCUUCUGAUGGCAAAUGCAGCAGAGGCAGAACGGAAUAUCCAAAGUUAUUAAAAUUAUCAGAAUCCCUCGCCUGCAGUAUAACCUCUGAUGUCAAAGGAAAGUUAAAAAUGUCAUCUGUUUGCUUGCCAAAAUCCUUAACGGAUUCUUGUUUGUAUCAAAAAUCCCAAGUCAAUACAGUCACAGAUGAUCCCCAGACAUUUUCGAAAACACUGCCUCCUUUCUUUUGCAAACAAAAGCGGUAUCAUAGCACAGGCAGUUUAAAUGAAUGUGUUUACAGAGACGGCAUUAUUCAUGCCAUAGAACAAUAUGCUAGGAAGAUAGUAGAUGACACAUUAGAAGUGAGCUUGGAAUCUGCUGCUCUCCAGACUACUGGAAACUGGACUAAUGGAGAAAGAUCAACGUAUGCAGAAAAGCUGUCUCCGUUUUCUGCUACUGCUUGCAGAUACUGCUGUAUGAAGGAGCAUCAAUAUUGUACUGGAAGCGCAGCUGCGCACCUCCCUGGACAAGAACUUCAUACUAACGGACAGAUCUCAAACUCGAGACUAAGCGGCGACUGUCACAAAUCUCAUAAUCUUCACCUUGAUAUUCCUAAAAUUCAUAUUAACAUGGAUGAAAGGGUAGUAUUUGCUGAAAAUGUGAUUGCGACUAGUUUUGACAAAGCAGAGCGGCAGCUUAGCAACACCAGUUUGGCAGCAGAUAGUGGAAUUGGCCAUGAUGGAAUCAGCUUUGCGGAGAGCCUUACUACGGAAAUCAUGACUUCCUGCAUGAUGAACAUUAGUCAGGCUGUCAACAUAAGCUCUGUGGGAGAAGAGGGCUUCCUUUCCGCUGAAUCCGUAGUCAGCCAGCAGCUGGGCCUCAGCACAGGCGAUGACAGCACCGGCAGCUGGUCCAAUCUGAGCUUUGAAGAUGAGCAGGCCGAUGAGAACAGCAGUUUUCUCCACCUCAGCGAGAGUUCAGCUCUGUUCUCUUCUUCCUCUGGCAGUCUUGGUAACAGCAGUAGCUGGAGCAGUCUUGGUUUAGAAGGAGAUAUGUAUGAGGAGAAUUUAUCCUUUCCAACAUCAGACAGUGAUGGAACAGAAGAGAAAGAAGAAGAUCUCAAGAAUACCAUUUUAGGCUUGGAAUGCAAAGGAAAGUCGUUGGUAAUCAUAAACGUUGACCUGGAGCCCUGCCUGGUGGAUUUGCAGCUGAGAAGGACCCUGCAGUGGCUUUCAGCUUCCGAAGCAGAGGUGGCUGAGCUCCGUUUUCACGAUGCUGCUCCAAAGGAGUUUGUUCUGCUGUCGAAGAGGUUGCGAGAGAAAGGCUGGAAAGUGGGAGAUCUCUUCCAAGCUGUCCUGAGGUACUGUGAAGCCACAGAAAAGGCUGCCGAUGGGGAGACGGCUCUGGAAAGCCAGACACUCUUCGGGUGGCUUCAGGACUGCCUCUGAACACCCAAAGUGAUGUUGUUCUGGCAAGUUUCUGUUUCUGAAGGACAUGAAAAUGUGUACAUUUCCCCCCUCAUGAACCUGCUGCUGUCUGCUUCGUGAAGAACGCUGGUUGGAAAGCUAACGUAGCAUUGCUGUCCUGUUCGUCUGGUGCGUGUCUUCAUAGUGAGCCUCUCUGUCCAAUCGGUGUGCCUCUUGUAGCUGUGCUGCAUUCGGAACACUGAGGAGAAUGACUGCCAGGUGUGAACCCAGGCUCUCCGGAAGUUCCGUUGCUUCAGUUCAGUUUCGCUGCUCCUUCUUUUGUUAACCGGUUCUCUUUCGCUUGUCUCAUAUCGUGCCCCAAGGAACUGUGCCACGAAUGUACAUGGAGCCUUCUGGUUUCUCUAGGAGGAGACAAGUAUGAUGCAGAAAUGUCUGUGUGCUGCCACCUACGGUUCCUCCUAUGGUGUGUUUCUGUGUUGCAUGCAGCAACUCAGUGCUCUUCGCACAGGGUUUAGGAUUGACAAGGAGUUGCCAGCAGGUUGCCUGCUACAGUCUGCUGCCUGUCUCAUCCAUGGGCAGCUCAAGUGUCCCCAUGCCCCCCCCCCCCAAUUGCGGAAAAAGACCAUGAGAAGGAACCAGAAGCAGCUACUGGACUUUGCCUGUAUCGGGGGGGGGGGGGGGUUCUUGUUGGAAGGGCCUUUGAGAAGGGGGGAGGGGCUUGUCACACCUCACUUCCCACUCACAAUGACCCUCAAGAAGACC